AGAGGCUGAGAACCGAGCGCCGGAACACAGCUUUGCUGUAUACUUUGCACAUAAUGAUACCGGCGCGCGACGAUACAAAACAAGUGACCAAGCGACUACUAGCGACAUAGUUGGCGUGUUCAGGCGCAGUGUUCGCGCGGUCGGUUGGCGGCGCGGGUGUUUACACGGUCAUGAGAGAAGCGGGUACCAGGAUGGCCGAGCUCGAGUUCGAGGCGCCGCUCGCUCAAAUCGAAGAUGCCGAUGAUUGUCUGACUUCGGUCGACUAUCCUCAGAAAACUAUAAACGGCAAUGACAUACAUCUGAACAAUAUCAACAAUAUGAAAAGUGAAAUGACUAAAAUGAAAACUGACUCCAAUAAAAUAAAUGACAACGAUGUAUCAAGAUUGGUGAAGUGCAAACAGGAUAAUAUGCAAAACGUCGAAGGCGAUAAUUUUACGGAGACAUUUUCCGGAUCGCUCGAAGAUCUGGUGAACACCUUUGAUGAGAAAAUUACCAAGUGCUUCGGGAAUUACGAGGAGAGUGUUGAAAAAUUCGCUCCGGUCCAAGUUCGUUCCCAGGAAGAGAUAAUGAACGAGUGCCAGAUGUGGUGGACGAUCACCGGCAACUUUGGAAACAUCCUGCCCAUAGAUUGGACCAAGUCAUUCUCUAGAAAAAUGCAUAUCCCAACAUUGAACCUCAGCGAUAAGAAGAGCGUGCUGAGUCCGGACGACGAGAUCCACAGCUCCGAGGACGAGGCGGUGGCGUCCGACCUGGACAUGCACGCGCUGAUCCUAGGCGGCUUGCACCAGGACCACGAAUGCCCCGUAAAGACCGCGGACGAGGUGAUCCAAGAGAUCGAUGACAUGAUGCAAGAGACGCCCUCCUCGGAGGGCGACAUACUCGAGUACAACGAGGCGCUCGAGAAAGGCAAAGAGGUGCUGAGCUCGCCCCUCUAUGAGGACAAACUUCGUCAGCUCUCACUGGCUCAACUGAACGAGAUCUUCAUGGAACUCGAAGUUCUGAUCCGCGAGUUCUCGGAAACGUUGAUCGCGGAACUGGCGCUGCGAGACGAACUCGAGUACGAGAAGGAACUGAAGAACACAUUCAUAUCUCUACUCCUCGCUGUGCAGAACAAGCGCCGGCAGUGUAACACUGACAGGAAGAAGCGAGCCGUACCGCCGCGCUCGCCUAACCUCAACGCUAAUAAUUCAGCGCCUAAGUACUUGACGACAGUGAUUCCCUUCACACUUGAGAACGGGCCCCCGGACAACCAGUCGUUGCAGAUACUCAUCAAAAUAUUGAAAGCAAUAAACGAAGACAGUCCCACUGUGCCGACCUUGUUAACGGACUACAUCUUGAAGGUGCUGUGUCCGACAUAGGUCGCACCUCGUGACGUCACAUCCCUCGUCAACACAUUCUAACACAUCCACAAAAUUAACUCUCAUUUCAAUAAAUUAAGUAUCGCAAAACUAAAAUGCAACAUUUACCUUGUUAGAAAAAAAAACGAUUCACACAUCUUGUCUAUGGAUUCCGAAAAGAUUUAAUUAUUUUUCAUAUUUUAAUGGUGCUAACUUCAAAUACUUUACGUUAUUUACAAUAAAUUAAAGAUAUUUUAAAGGGGGGAAAAACUUUAAAAAACU